AUGUCCGACGCAUACGAGCGCGAGCGCCAGAACAAUGCGCGCCUCGGCGACCUCGCCAGCAAGGUCUCGGCCCUGCGCGGCGUCACCGUCGACAUCUACAACAACGCUCAGGACCAGGGCGUCAUCGACUCGACCUCCGAAACCUUCUCGUCCAUGACGACACAGCUCAAGGGCUCCGCUGGUCGGCUAGGCCGUAUGGCCGCCUCGGGGAACAAGGUCGCCAUCUUCAAGCUCUCAGCCAUUGUCGUCGGCGUGUUCCUCGUCCUGUACUACCUCCUCAAGUGGAUGUUCUGA